UUUUACAUCUCGUUCUCUCUUACUUUUCUUUUAAUUGAACUUGAAAGGAAUAGGGGGAAGUUGAAAAUAAAUAGCAACAAUGGGAAAAUGUAUUGUUAAUUUAAAAAAAAAAAUUAAAAGGGAAUAUAUACAUAUAUAUAUAUAUUAUAUAUGGCUGGUACCAGGUCACCUUAAGUAAGGCGAUAAACGACGAUGAGAUUAAUCGAUGUUUUGUGUUAUGACUAUCGCAUAUCUGUACGAUCCUCUUCCUUCCUUUCUUCCCUCUCCACUUCCACCCCCAUACUUUAUUCGCGUGUUCAGUCAACGAGAAAGCUUUAUCGGUCCUUGCUCGAUAAAAUUAUCGUAAUCAUUUAGCGAGGAUCGCAUAUUUCUCCCUUUGACCUAAACGAUUAGCCCCCUUUCUCGUGUUUCACAUCCCUUUGUUCUUAUCUUUUCGCAUAACCCACUUUUUAACCUUUCUCGUCGAUGAUAAAAGUCAACGACGAACAAUGAUACAAAAUAAAAAUAAAAACAUUAAAUAAAAUAAUAAUAAUAAUAUAAAUACAGCUUAAGUAAUAUAAAAAAAAGGCAUAAAAUUUUAUUGAAAUUGAACUAAAAAUCUUAUCUACACGUUAUAUCAUAAUAUUCGAUUAAUAAUUAGACAUAGAGGAAUACUUAUAUAAGUAAUAACGAUUAAGGAACAUUUUUAUCGUGAGAUAUAUAUUAUAUUCUUUCGAUAAAUUCAUUUCGAUUAAUAUAAAUAAAUAAAUAAAUAAAUAAACAACAAUAAUAAAUCUUCAUCCAAAUUGAAACGGGGAAAAUGUAAAACGAUAUCGACGAGCCUGAAAGUGGAGACCGAUGGAUCGAUCGAUCGAUCGAUCGAUAACUCAAAGAAGAAAUAAGUAGUACGUGCAUUUUCUGCGUUCUCCUUCGAUUGAGAUUCUAAGAAAUCUCUUUAGUACACAGGCCCGUGUGUAGGCGAAGAACAAUUGGACCGUUUAAACGGAACUUGUCUCUGACACCCGAGGCGCGCACCGAGCCGAUGUUUAGUACGAGAUAUCCGAUAUACGAAGCGAUAAAAGGCAACCGGCGAACGCUCGACCGUGCUUGGAAGCGUGACUAAUGCGAGCAUGGCUAUAGCAAUGACUUAUAUGCCCCUAUAUCCGUCACUUUUCAAAUAAAUAAACCUUACGUACCUCCCGCGAGCACGAGACGCCAUUAUCUUAUACGUACGAUUAUUACGAUUGAUUAUAGCAUUUCCUCGAUUGUUUUCUCCUUUUUAUGGAACAUAAUGAAAUUAAUCAUAGGUUUAUUAAUUAUGGUAUAAAAUUUGAACGAAAAAAAGAAAAAAAGAAAAAAGAAAAAGAAGAAAAAAGAAAAAAAAAUACAAUUUCGAUUUUCUUUACCGACGGUCGGUAAAAGAACAUUGGCGGCAAAUUUGAAUUCGUUAAAGUGAAGCUCGUGUUAAAUCGAACGAACGAUAUGAAAUAAUGGAUUUUCCGUGUAACAAAAUCGGAAAAUUCGUAGUUUCUUAGUUAGAAACGAGCGCGUACGCGGUGUCGAGUGUAUCGGUAGAGUGAGGCACGUGUAACUGGAACGGGAUGUAAUUGGACACCAAUAACCCACGUACACGCCGCCGGCGUGGUAAAAAGAGAUGACGAGGGAGUGAGAGAGAAAGAGGAAGGAAGAUAGAUGGGGAGAACGUAGAAGGCAUGAAAACAAAAAAUUGAGGGAAAAAGAUUUUUCCCGAACAAACGAUCGAUUUCAUUUCACUCGCAUAUCCUAUCUAUUUUGAUGACGAUUCUUCUAUAUAAUUGAUCAAUCGAUAGUAGAUUAACGAACGUGAGCAGUUUUAUGUCGGAUCUACAAAAUGGUUACAUGAUCAAUGCUUCGAAAGAUUUGGAAUCUUCCGUAUCUACUGGUAUCAACAAAAGUCUAACUACUCAUCAUCCGUCCUUGAGUCUUCAUCAUUCACACCAUAGCUUGCAUAGUCCGAAUACGACGAUUUCAAUGCACUCCUCUACACCAUCCCAACAACAACAACAACAACAACAGCAGCAACAGCAGCAACAACAACAACAGCAUCAUCAUCUGGAAGACAAAGUGUCCUCCCCAAGUGGAGGACUUCAUAGUUCAACGACUAAUAGUAAUCCUUCGACACCCUCUGCACCAUCAACGCCUACUGCUGGUACAGAAAACAGUGCUGGAUCGAAUACAGCUACUAUAACGAAUAAUAAUAACAAUAGUAAUGGCAAUCCUGCUUCAACUACAGCCAGCAAGCCGCCUUUCAGUUAUGUUGCUCUGAUUGCCAUGGCGAUACAACACAGUGCACAAAAAAGGGCGACUCUUAGCGAAAUUUAUGCUUAUAUCACAGCCAAGUUUCCUUAUUUCGAGAAGAAUAAAAAGGGCUGGCAAAAUUCUAUUAGGCAUAAUUUAUCAUUGAACGAGUGUUUCGUCAAGGUACCACGUGAAGGUGGUGGCGAAAGGAAGGGCAACUUUUGGACUCUCGAUCCCCAAUACGAGGACAUGUUUGAAAAUGGUAACUACAGAAGACGCAGACGUAUGAAACGUCCAUACAGAAAUGCUCCUUAUCACAAAUCUAUCUUUGGCGAUCCUUUCUCGCCGACACAUGUCCAUCUUGGUCCUAGAAAUUUAUUCGCCCAUACACCAUCUUCCUAUGCACCUACUACUUACGCGCGAUACGAUACGAGUGCAUGGAGUCUUCAGCAACCACAAUUAUCCUACAGUCAUUGUCAGUCGCUUCAACCACAGUUACAAUCGAUGCAAUCGAUGCAGAUACCGACGAUGAACGGUUAUAGUCAACUGAGUACUUCGUUAAGUGAGUCUCUGCUCUAUCCUCCGAACUUCAGUUCUUUGAGCUCGCGAGUUAUUAGACGACCGUGCAAAGCUUUUCAAGGCAAUUACCUGGAUGUUCCAGGUGGAACGACUGGAUCACCAGGAACUAUGAGCAGUGGAUCAUUUGGUAGCACCUUCACGGCAUGUGGUAGAAGACACGAAACCAGUAUGGCGACUGAAACGAUGCCAGCAAGGUGCUAUUGGCCAGAAAUGGUGAACGUGAAAGAGGAACCAGGUAGUACCACGGCAUCGACAUCAGCCGUCGGCGGUGUUCCACCGACCAUGAUGGGAACAACGGUGCCAUCGAGCGUUACCGCACCAGCUUUUCCCUCCGUCGAAUUUCAAACGCGAUCGAAGUGUUUCAUGUGAACUGUUUAAUCAAUCGAUUCGAUAUGAAAAAACAAAAAAAGAAAAGAAAAAAAGAAAAAAGAAAAGGAAAACCGAUUUUUUUUUUUUUUUUACUUUUGGUACGUGAAUACGUGCCAAAUGGAUUCGCGAAUUUUUCUUUCUUUCUCUCUCUCUCUCUCUCUCUCUCUCUCUCUCUCUCUCUCUCUCUGUACCGUUCUUUUCUUCUCUUUUUUUUUUUUUUAUAAUUUUUGUUAAAAGAUAUGACGUCUUUAAAGGGAAUGGAUAUGGGGUUGUGGGAUGGAUGAGGGUUAGAAGAAGAAGAAGAAGAAAAAAGAAAAUAGAAACAAAACGAAUUGAAAAUCGAAACGAAGAGAAUUCGUAUACGAUAUUUCCUAUUUCUGGAUGACUGGAAGCGAAAUAUUCUAGGAUUUUCAUCCGCGUUCCAUUUCGAGUCUUUUGAGAGAAGAUGACACCGACGAAGGACGAAGAGAAAACGAAUGAGUCUGGUAAGCAACGAAGGGAGCGAUGACGACGUGCGGGAUAUAUCGUCGCGAACCAUUGAAACGUUUCUCUGAGAGUCAUGUGAGAGAAUAAAAGUGAGAGAGAGAGAGAGAGAGAGAGAGAGAGAGAGAGAGAGAGAGAGAGAAGAGCACGAAUGCUUAUCAAUUUGCACGGUAAACCUAUUCCUUUCCUUUCGUCAACGCGACGAUAUCUCUUCUCUCUUAUUUCUUUACCUAUUCGAAUAUUUAUUUAAAAAUAUCCGAGUAAAAAAAUAAAUAAAAAAAUAAAAAAAAAAAAAAAAAGAAAAGAAAGAACAGAACUGUAAAGCGACACUUAUUAUAACUGCAAUGAAAUGUAACGAAGGAUGUAUAAAUGUUCUACGAAAAUUAUAGCAAUAUGUCCUUCUAUCGUAGAGAUGAAAGACUAUGACGAUAAGGACGCUUAGAUUAUUAUUUGAAUAACUCUAUUAUUAUUACUUAUUAUUAUUAUUAUUAUUAUUAUUAUUAUUAUUAUUAUUAUUAUUAUUAUUGUUAUUAUUAAUAUUAAUUAAUAUUAUUUUUAUUAUUAUUAAACGAUCUUACGUUCUUAUCGUUGACGUUUUUUUCACCACUGUAAAUAAUUAGUUAAGUGCACUGUACCAAUUGUGAACAGAUGAUGAUAAAAAUAAAUUGUUUGUCGUCCAUAAA